AUGACUGUUAGCCUAACAAGCUUACCGGAUGAGCUUCUGUUAGCCAUAUUCGAGCAGCUCGUGCCACCAAAUGAUGGCAUUCCAGUCACUGGAACCAACGCCGCUUGGACACCUCCUAGUGGGGUAGAGAGACGCCAUUCUGCGCGUAGCUACCUCGAUGAGGGCUUUAUAGAGUGGUUUGGAGACCGCGAGGACAAUGAAGAUAACUUGCUCCCAGUCACGAUACCAGAAUCGCCCUUUACGAGACACUCGGCCCUAUGGGGAUUACGCCAAGUUAACAGACGACUUAAUGACCUAUGUAUUCCAUUCCUAUUCCAUGACCUCAACCUAUUGGAUAACACCCUUAUCACGGAGGAGGCUGCGCUGGUUUUACCAUACGUCAAGCAUGUUCGGUCUAUUCGCCUACUGGUUGACCCAAUCUGUUUCAAACUCCCGGAACCCGAGGCUGUUUCGGCAUAUCAGCAAAGCGUGUCUGCGAUAGUGCAACAGUGUCGCAAUGCAACCUCUGUAGCACUUUACUAUAACAACUAUACAGUCCAAACCGAGCACUUUGAAAACGAACUCACGAAUCUCAUGAAGCAAGGAAAGUCGAGAGGCUUGGCAUCUCAACCGCCUCCUAAAGGAAAUUAUCACGAUGCCAGAAGCAAUAGCAUCCUUGAAACAGCUGGAUAUAGCGAUAGAGAAGAUUUCUUUCGAUGCAUACACAAAUCUUCGAGAAUCUGUCUCUGGCCUUACCUCCCUGCAAAUACGACGCGCUCUCCGAAUUUCGCUUGGACAUCUCUGGGAAUCUUGGUCACGGAUGUUCCCAAGAUGGUCGGCCACUUCCAAGCAUUACAAUAUUUGAUUGUUUCCACUUGUGGGGAUGAUGACGAUAUUGUACCGCCAUAUAGGCCUAGUGGAUGGAGUCACUUGCCAGACGCCCUGUGUAAACGACGUCCACCACUCGAGGAGUUUCAUAUUGAGCAUAUGCUCAACUGGGAGAUCAUGGCAAUGGGUACAAUACCUACCAAGAAGGUGAUUGGGAGCAAUUUGGCCAAGGGUCAUAUCGCGGAGGUCUUUGAAACUGAUCCAGAGAUAUUUCCGGGCUUGCGCAUCGAGAAAAUCUGUGAGAAGAGAGAGCUUAAGCUAACAAAAGAUGCUACACGCAUCAAGCAAGGUUAUACUCCGUUAUAG